AUGGCAAUGGGAACACCAACCAUUGUUGCGGAAAGACUUACCUUAACUGGCUCUAUUGGAAUUGUUUCAGAGCUUCAUGGAGAUUCUAACGUGGUUGAGUGUGCCAUGGAGAUCUCGAUAGUCACCCUCGUCGAGCUGUCGAGGCCAUCUCCUUCGCUCCCGGAAAUAUUGAGUGGGAUAGGAGGCUCUCUUGUCGGGGUCGACACCGCGAUGAAGGAAUUGCUUCGAGAAUUGACGUUUGCCGAAGGCAUACAGGCCCGGAUGGACGGAAUAUCGUACGAGAGGCUAGAGGGCGCUUCGUUUUCCAAUCCUAUAUUGGCCAUGAUAAAGGAUUAUCUGAGUUCUCUCUAG